AUGGAUAAGUUUGAUUUAUUUAGUGACUUUUCAAGUAGACCUUCAACUAUACCUUUACCUAGUGAUAAUUUCGAUCAAUUUUUAUUAACUUCAGAACCAAAUGAUAUUGAUUUCUUAUUUAACGAAACUUUAAAUGGUUUACAAGAUUUAGAUGUUCCUUCUGGUUACGGGUUUAACCAACAACAAGCACCAUCACAACAACAACAGCCAUAUCAUUCACCUCAUAGAUCUAAAACACAUAGUCGACAAUAUAGUGGUACUGCAAUUUUUGGUUUCACAGAACAUACAAGAGACUUAUCUAUAAACGGAAUUAAUAAUGACUUGUAUAAACAAUAUGUGAAUAAAGGACCUGAAAAUAAUUCUAUUUCACCAAACGAUUUAUUAAGAGAAACCAAUAAUCAUCAACAAAAUCCAAUACCAACACAAGAUAUUUUAAAUUUCAAUUUUGAUGAAAAACCAAUACUUUUAUUAGAACAAGAUGAGUUGGAAGAUGAGAAACAAACUCAAGAUUUAUUAGCUAAAUCAUCACCAAUCAAAAGAAUAGGUACUCCGAUUCAAGAAUCAAAUAAUCAACAACAAUCUCAAUCAGUUAGAAUUAAUCCUCAAAAACGUCAACAAGAAUAUAUUGUAACUAAUGAGAAUCCAAAAGCUUAUAAAUUUCCUCCAUCACCAACACCUAAUAAUUUAAGUUCAUCUCCUCCAAGACCAGAAUUGACUAAUGUAAAUAGUUAUUCGGCUAAAUAUUUACAAUCCUUACAAAAAUCACAACCACAGGAAUAUGUUGAUGAUAUUGGUCCAUUAUUACAAGGAGAUGAAUUGUCUGAUAUUAAGUAUAUCCCCAUUCCCGUUCAGGAACCAGUUGUGUUUGAUAAACAAGAAAAAAGGAAUUCAGCCCCAUUGGAUCAAUCAGAAGAAUCAAAACAACCAUCAAGAAAAGAACAAUCUGACCAACAACAGGUACCACAACCAGUACCACAACCAGCAGCAGCACCACCACAACAGAAACAACAAACAUUUCCAGGAAAUUUCAAUUUCAAUACAUAUUUACCACCUCCUUCUUCACCACCACCUAAUUUGAGUAAUGGGUCUCCUGACUGGAAUAGCUCUCCAGAACCACAAUCUCCUUCGCCAAGUAGAUUACAACCAAAUCAACAAAUUUCGCCAGUUCAUCAAAAUUUACGUGCCAUGGGUAGCAAUGUGAAUUUUUAUAAUCCUGUGUAUUAUGAACAACAUCCUCAACAACCUCCACCUUCACUACCACCUCAUUCUCAACCUUCUCAGCAACUGCAACUGCCUGGAAUGCGUCAGACUUACGAACAAAUCAAACAAAUUCAACAACAACAACAAAUGUUGCAACAACAAUUUCACACUCAACAACAACUUCAAUCAUCACCAAUUUAUUCCACUUUGAAUUCAUCACCAAUUAAACAAUUUAAUCCUGAUACAGUGAAUAACUUACAAAUAUUAUCACCUUUGAAAAACCAAUUACCAAGUACACCAACUAAACAACAAAAUUCCCAAGUUACUAUUGAAUGGAGCCCUGUUAUUUCACCAAAUUCCAAAGCAUCAUUAUCUAAACAACUCAAAGAAUCAUCAUUACAAACGUCGCCACGUAGAAGAAUUAAAAAGACUUCAUUAUUGCCACCUGGAGAACUUGAUAAUUAUUGGAUUGGACCCGAUGAAAAUAAAAUUUAUACAUGUACUUAUAAAAACUGUUUUAAAAAAUUUACAAGAAGAUAUAAUGUUAGAAGUCAUAUUCAAACUCAUUUAAGUGAUAGACCAUUUGGAUGUCAAUUUUGUCCUAAAAGAUUUGUUCGACAACAUGAUUUAAAUCGUCAUGUUAAAGGACAUAUUGAAGCAAGAUAUAGUAAAUGUCCAUGUGGUAAAGAAUUUGCAAGAUUAGAUGCUUUAAGAAAACAUCAAGAUCGAAAUAUUUGUAUUGGUGGUAACAAAGGUAUAAUUUCAAAACCAACUAUAAAUAUUUCAAAUAACAAUAAUAAUAGUAAUAAUAAUGGUUUAGGAAAUGGAAAUGGAAAUAAGAAAAAGAAGAAUAAUUCAAUUAAUUCUUCUCCUACUAAAGCUGCUAUGAAUAAUGAUAUGGUUGAAAAAGUGGAUAAACAAUUGAUUCAAAAUAAUAUCAAUAGGAAUAUUGUCAACAACAAUAACCCAACUGAUGAAUAUUUGGUGGUUUAA